AUGACUAAUUUCAACAUCCAAAUCAUUUCCGACACCAUCUGCCCGUGGUGCUAUGUCGGCUACCGUCGUCUCUCACGCGCCAUUCUCACCCACCAAGGCAACAACCCCAACGACACGUUUACCCUCACCUGGCACGCCUUCUACCUCAACCCUGCCUCCCCCGAAUUUCCCGGCGUGAACAAAACCCAGGCCUACGGUUUGAAAUUCGGCCACGAGCGCACCGCCGCAAUCUUCGCUCGUCUCGCUGCCGUCGGUGAAGGCGAAGGGAUCAAGUUCAACUUUGGCGGUAACACGGGCAAGACGCGCGACUCGCACCGUCUGCUUUGGUACGCGGGUCAGUUGGAGCAGGCCAAGCGACAGCAGACUGCGUCUGCGUCUGCUGCUGCUACGCCGGUGAUCGGGGACGAGAAGAACAUUACCGAUCCCAAGGUGCUGUUGGAGGCUGGAGUGGAGGCUGGCUUGGACAAGGCUGAGGUGCAGAAGUUGUUGGAUUCGGAUGAGGGCGGUGCCGAGGUUGAUUCCGAGGCUAAAAUGGCGUCCAUGAGAUUGGUCACAGGAGUACCGUAUUUCACUAUUCAAGGAAAAUACGCGGUGGAAGGGGCUGAUGCGCCUGAGACCUUCUUGGAAGUCUUUGAGCAGGUGAAGGAGGAUGAGAAGGCGUGA